GAAGUUGCCAGCCAAUGAGGAGUGAGCGGCCCGCACCCUGACCUGCAUGGGAUCCCCAGGGCCGCGGUCCACGCUCUCCUCGCCAGUGACCAGGUGUCCCGUGAGGAUGCUGCCGUGGCUUCUUGUCCUCCCCGUUCUGGGUCUCGGGGCCCGGGGUGACUUUUCCUGGAAUAAGACACACUUCAAACACUUGUCGGAGAGGCUCCAGUACCUGUUUGGCAACAUCUCCCAGCUCGCUGGGAAAGGCAGACUAGGUCUGUAUGAUGUCUCCGCCAUAGUCUCUCGUGAGGAGUGGGGGGCAGGAGCGGUUGGCUGCAGCACCCCGCUGACCAUGCCGGUGGAGUUCCUGGUCACCCACCACGUCCCUGGGCUGGAGUGUCACAGCCCGACGGGCUGCAGUCAGAGGCUGCGGGAGCUGCGGGCCCAUCACACGCACAACAGCUGGUGUGACCUGGCCUACAACUUCCUGGUUGGGGACGAUGGCCGGGUGUACGAAGGUGUCGGCUGGGGUGUGCAGGGUGUGCACACUCAGGGCUACAACAACAUCUCCCUGGGCUUCGCGUUCUUUGGCACCAAGGAAGGCCACAGUCCCAGCCCUGCUGCCCUGACGGCCAUGGAGCGCCUGGUAACCUAUGCUGUGCAGAAGGGCCACCUGUCACCCUGGUACGUGCAGCCAUUUCUUGUGAAAGGCGAGAACUGCCUGGCUCCCCUGCAGAAGGCAAGUCCCAAGCAAGCUUGCCCUGACAUUGUGUCUCGGUCUGCCUGGGAGGCCAGGGAGACCCACUGCCCCAGGAUGACCCUCCCAGCCAAGUACGCCAUCAUCAUCCACACCGCGCAGAGGACCUGCAACACGUCCGAGGGGUGCCGCCUGCUGGUGCAAACUACGCAGUCCUUCUUCAUGGACAGAUUCAACUCGUGUGACAUUAGCUAUAACUUCCUCGUGGGCCAAGACGGUGCCAUUUAUGAAGGAGUGGGCUGGAGUGUCCAAGGCUCCCACACUCCUGGCUACAGUGACAUUGCCUUGGGCAUUGCCUUCAUGGGCACCUUCUCAGGGACCCCACCCAAUGCCGCAGCGCUGGGGGCAGCGCAGACCCUGAUCCAGUGUGCGGUGGACAAGGGGUACCUGACUCCCAACUACCUGCUGGUGGGGCACAGUGAUGUCAUUGCAACCCUGUCUCCUGGGAAGGCUUUGUACGACAUUAUCAGCACCUGGCCUCACUUCAAACAGUGAGGGGCCCGGCUCCUUCUGAGACUUCUCCGCCAGCUUCCCC